AUGUUUUGGGUCGUCACCGUCGUUUUUAUCGCAGUCUGGAUAGUCGUGGCAUUCACCUGCGGAUGCGCCAGCAGCUGUAGUGUAGACGUUGGCAUUCACGGUGGUGGCGGAAUGGGUAAUGUUAUCAUCGACGGUGGUGGUUGUGGCGGCGGGAGUGGCUGUGGUAGCGGUAGGGCCGGCGAUGGACGAGACUAAAAACGAAAUGAAGUGGGAUGCAUUGGUAGCUAAACCGUCAUCUUUGUUAAUUUUCUAAGAGGAUGCAAUCCAGACGUUUUUUAUUUUGGUGGAAUCAUGAUUAAAUGCUUGGAUGAGAUGCAUUUUAUCAUAAAAUGGUGGAUAAGAUGUUACUAUGCGAGAUUGCACUUUAGCUGACGAAAGAUAAUAAAAUGUCCUCCAGAACAUGAAGAAUGACAAAAUGAGACUUGCAUGGGUAUCCAUUUAUGAUGUGGGGGCUACUUCCGUGAAUCACAAAAUGCAUCUCCUAUGAUUUGAUCUCCUUAGAUGAGGGGGUGAAAUUUAUGAUAAGAGAAAAUUGUAACGAUAAAGAUUAAAGCAUUCUAUUAAAGUAUAAUCUUAAUCCCAAGCCAUACAUUUUAAUUGAUCAUGAGAAGGCAAUAUCUUAUGACGAUAAACUAGGAAGUCUCCAAUUUCUAAUUGAUUUCAAGUUAAAUCUUGGAAUUAUUGUUUACUGAAGAUAUGUUGCUAGGCUCAUAGUAAUUUUUGUCACCAAGUGGCAAGUUCCACCAACCCUUGUAUUAAUUAGUUUGGAAGUAUUAUCUUCACAUAUAUAUACUUACAUGUUCCACCGAAAAUAAUAAGCAUUGUUCCACAGGCAAACGCUAUGAAAUGCUCGUGCCUUCAUAGCCCUAGCAAGGCGUGAUACUAAUCUUAAGCAUUUUUCAAAUCAAUAAUUAGUUUUGGAUAUAUUAGUUAUUGAAUUACAUCUAAUAAAUAGCAUCUACAGUGGAACUAUCAGGCGACUUCUCAGACUUUUUAGAGCCAUCAUUUGGUCAACAAACCCGCGGCAGGUCUGCUUUCGUCCCUUCCUCCGUGGUGGUCUGAGAAAUGGCCAGGAAGAAACUUCUCACUACCCAUGGCUAAGUGCCGAAGCUGAUAACCAGUAUCCGAACAGAAAUGGAAUAUUGAAGUCAACGCGAGAUCUAG